AUGCCUAGUUUGAAGCAGUUCACGCUUUGUUUCUGGAUGAAGUCAAGUGCUGGUAAUGGUGGAACAGUUCUGAGUUACGCUGUACCGGGACAAGACAAUGAAUUGCUCUUCUUUGAUCAUACGAACAUUGAUAUGAACCUCGGUGGACAGAGCAGGUUUGUCAUGCUUUUAAUCAACCUUUAAUUGUUAGUAAAUGAGGGGUAUAUUGCCUACAAAUAUACCCCUUCAGCUGAUCAAAAUAGAGUAUUUUACCUAAUUGGAGUAUGUCUUACGUCGACCUAUUUUCAUGAACGGGCAGACACAAGCUAAAUCUGAUAAAACUUGUUCAACCAUAACAGUACGAGUCCUUGGGGAUAAAGCACAGUGAUAUAAAGAUUGCAGUGGACUAGAAGACUCGUACCCAGACCCUAUUUACGUGUUUUGGGGGUGAGAGAAGAUUGGGGGUUAGGUUGAGGCGCGCGGGGUGUCAUGUCCCUUCCCAUGAGACCCCGCGUGCGCCUCAACCUAACCCCCGAUCUUCUCUCACCCCCGACUGGGUACGAGUCUGGUGGACUAGCUACAUUUAGUGGGGGAGUGUGUAGAGGAGACUAGUUGAAUGGGGAAUUUUGGUUGACAGGCUGAACUGAAUUCAACACUAUUUUUAGACUACACACUACUUUCAAUAGUGAUAUCCUCCUGUCAUGUAACCAUUGCUUUACUAGGCCAGGAGAGAUUAAACCCUUUCCCUUUUUUCUGCACCAGGAAUACAUCGUUUCAUAGGCAUGAUACUUGAUUUUGUAAACGGCCAUAUCGAUAUUUCACGUGAUCGUGAGGCAUUUAUGUUGCUACUUGUUUCAUUUGAUUUUAUUAUAUCUUAUCUAUUAUCACAGGCUUCUAGGGAUAUCAUCAGCAAAUGAUGGCAAGUGGCAUCACAUCUGUGCCUCCUGGAGGAGCAGUGACGGGGCGUGGCAAGGCUACAAAGAUGGAACCCUGACAAACAGCAGUACAGGCUUCAAGAAAGGAUACACUAUCAAGGGGGGAGGAUCGUUGAUCCUCGGGCAGGAGCAAGAUGCAGUGGGUUCUCGGUUUGAUUCCAAUCAGGCCUUCAUUGGAACCCUGUCAAACCUCAAUCUGUGGAGCCUUAUUCUACCGGUUGAAAAGAUCAAAGAUUUGUCCAAAUCGUGCAAGCAAGAUUGGGGAGGAGACGGUGACGUAUAUAAGUGGAUUGAUUUCCUCUACGGAAUAAGAGGAGGAACCAGGAUUGUUAUGCCUUCUCCCUGUCCACGAUAAACGGGUCACAACACGUCACUGUAGGCCUUCUGCACCCCUCAUGUGAUAGCAUGCUGUUCGUGUUAAUCGUAGUAUAAUACUGACUGAAAACUUGUCAGAGUAACUUAGUUUUUGAUAGUGUUAUAAGUCUGAAAAAAAAGGAAAGAAUAAAGGCUUUAUAGCUUGUUCAGCGAGAAUUGUUUGGUUGUGUCGUACUCCUCACUUCUUGUUUUACUUAUCACAUCUUUGCUGGGUAGCCGUACAAUUUAACGGCACAUUGUUUGCGUUGAUUUCCCAUUUAUUUCCUUGCUACCUUUGGGACCUAUAUCUUGCUUCUGUUGAUAUCCAUUUAUACGAGGUUGCGCAAGUUUUUGAGGCAGUUUAAUUGAAUCCUUCUCGUAACUAGAAAAACCUGUACCGCAGAACCUCGCGAGGUCCUUGUCCUCUGUCUCUUGUUAACGGCUUCUUCUUCGCAGGGCAAAGCGAUAUUCUCUCUGCUCCACUCGGGUCUCUUGUUGACGUCUUCCCCUUAGCUGUUCACUCUGAAUUUCAAGUCGGAGUUCUCGCUCCAGAGGAGUUUCGGUGGGAAAUCUUCCCCGGCUAGGAUUUCCAGCCAUUUGGUGAAUCCAGCGUUGCUGUGCUUGCUUUUCUGUGUUAUUUGCAUGGGAAAUUUAUCGUGAUUCACCGACCGUAAACAUUGUUUCAUAGACAUGAUAGUGCGCCCUAGUCAUCGGUGGCAAAUUUCAAUGCAGUGUUGCUUGGAAACACAUUGGGCGACAUUUGGCAAACACCAAGAGAUACAAAGAUUCAUAAAAAAUGGGGCCCCCAAGUUUGCUAGUAGCUAGACCACGCGAGUUCUCGCGCUGCGCACGCUCGCGACGAGAUUAUAAAUUCGCUUUCGCGAAGGACUUUUGGCGCCUCGCUUCGCGAGGAAGUAGAGGACUGGUAUACACGGCUUAUUUAACGAGCUUCCAGAAAGAAGGCAUGAACAAUAUCAGUUUUUUUUCCACGUCUACACUCUCAAAAUAAACAGUCAAAUAUUUUUAUCUUGGUAUCCACUAAUGAUUGUUUUUUUUUUAAUUGCUCUGGCGGCUGGUGACAAUGUUAGUCAGCAAAAUCACACCCCAAGCAUCCAGUACCCAGCACCUUAUAUUUCUGGCCCCUACCCCCUUUUUUCUUGACUUCCACUUUUAAGCCCUUCUUCGAUUGCGAUUGUGGAUUUCUCUUUAUUUCUCCAACUUCCCAAGUUUUAAGAACUCCAACGGCACCUCCUGCUCAUUUAUCCCCCGCCUCCCGUCCCCUUUUCUCCCACACUCCCUUCCCCUGUCUUCCCUCACGGAGAACCACCAAAGGGUAUUGUUUAAAAUUGUUUAAAAAUUUAUUUGCCUAAAAAAGAUUCAACAACGGCUCCUUUUACUGCUCACUCACAAACGAAGGUAUAAAGAUAAUGUCUUCAGAUCUAGUGCUCGUAUUCAAAGUGUCCAAAAUAUUUAUGCAGUGGUUUCAAAGCAAACUUGAACUGUUUUUUAGAUUACAUGAUCCCUUUAUCUACUGAGAGUAUCAAGUGGCGUCAACUGUCGAGUACCAACACUCAACAGUUUAUUCAUUCCAAUCACAUCGAAAAUGACCACACCCAUUUCAGUCUCAAUUGCCAUUAGCGGUGAAGGAAAACUAAUCUCCCCCUGGAAGUCAGCCUCGUUAUCCUGUGGAAAUAUAAGUUCUAAAUUGAGUUCUGAAAGGGCCCAAUAGUCUCUAAGCUCAUGUGCAUCUUGAAAGGACUCCGGAGAUAAUCUACUCUGAGGAUUCAGUGUCUGUUUUUAAAUUGAAAAGCAAAAGCAACGGAGACCAAUUUAAACUCAGCAGUAAAUUAAUGGCUACGGAUGCUGACUUUAGUGCUGUUAACAGGUAACUUAUAAUCAGUGGGAAAAUCAUAAUAUUCACCGAUGAACAACUGAGUUAUUAGGAUUAUUACCCUGUAUUUAAUUAGGAAAGAGGGAAAAUUUAAAGUAAAUUGAAAUUUAAAGUGCCACUGAAAUCUUCAAUUUGUCGGUUGACAGAAUUUAAAAAAAUUACUAGAUGACGAAAGAGUUACAAAGUGAUUUCUUCACUUCUAAACUCACUACUUUAUAAUGAUCUGUAAUUUACACUUCUUAACGAGAAACAGACACUUAUAUUUCUUUGUAAAGUUCCGGCCAAAUUAUGUGUUUAUUUUUAUGGGAUUGAUUUCCGAGCAUUUCCUACCCUCUCGAUGCCAGAUGUCUUCUCUCUCGCCCGCGGCGAGGAGUGUAAAGAACGUAGAAUACGUUCUGCAGAAUACUGGAGAACAAGAGACGCACUAAGAGAAGGCAAACAAAGAAGAUUACCAUGAUAUGAGCUCUUCAUUUGGCUUGUGCCAGCACGCGGGUCAACUUUAUUCCUGAAACUGCAAUCUAGGAAUAACUUCACAGUUUUUAUCCGUUUUUCCACAUUUGUUUCUACCCCGUCACUAGUUUAACUUUAAAAUUUGCUGUCAAUCACUUGAAGUCAUUUUCCCGCCAAACACCGUUGAAAUCGAAAAACAAAAAUAUACGAUUGUUUGGAAUACAAAGUUCUGACUACUACCAUUCAAACGGAUAAAAACUGUCAAAGUUUUUCCUAGAUGGCAGUUUUAGGCGUAAAGCUGACCCGGCGUGCAGGGGGUCCGUUGCUCUCCGGUGUGGUUUUUUUGUACCACGUGAAUGACCACCUGCAAACGGCCUUUAAGGAAGUAGCUUAUUUACUCCAUAUAAGGGGAAUUAUUAUUCAUUCAAAAUAUUUCACCGUUUCUGAUUGGCUCAAAGCUGCCGGCUAAUUCUUCAUAACUGACGUUGACCAAUUUUGGAAGAUGCGAGCAAUAUACCAUCAAUUCGAUGGUAUUGUCGUGGAAACGAGGUUGAUCGAUAGUGAUCGAUGGUAUAUUGAUUUGGAGACGAGGUUGGAUGGGCAAUAGACCAUCCAUCAGCCUCGUUUCCAGGCGCGGCGACCCAGCCAUUUAUUCACGAGUGUACCAAGAAACGGACUGCUAUCCAAAGACGAAAUAGCUAAAUUUCUGAAUAAAACUGAACGGAAUGAAAGCAAGAAUACGCAGAACACAUUGCUCGAUGUAUGUUUUCUACUUUUCUAGGAGUAACUGUAAGAAACAAAACCUGUGUUUAUAUCCUGAAAAUGUGCCAACAAAAUAGGCCAAAUUUUAGAAGAAAGUCUACCAGGAGUUAAGCUUGUUAUAAUUAAGUGCUUUAAAAUAAUUUAAAUGAACAAUAAAACACAUCCUACUCAGCCUCAAUCAAUAAUUGCUAAACUUAUCUAAUAAUUCAUCUCAUUUUUCGGCGCUUCUGUAGACCUUACUGGUUUAAUUACGGGCUAGAGUAAUUAAUGAGAUAAGAAAAUUGAACUGAAAAUGAUUGUCAAUUCUUAUGAAUCCCCAAGAACGUCUGUAUUGAAGGCUUCAUUCUAAAAACCUUUAGUAUGGUAAAAUAUAGAUAGAACGAUGGCCUGCUUUUAAGAUUUUUGAGUUUUUCUUCCCAUAAGACUGAUUCAGAACUAUCUCAACGAACAGUCAGCCAGAUACAGUCGGACCUGUAUACGUAUUUUACAUUUGCUUGUCGAACCGUCAGCGGUGCGAGACAAUACUUGAUGACCUUGUAACAUCCCACUUCUCUGAAAAGCCUAUCUUUUUGGUUGCCUGGACCAACUUUAGGGGCAUACUUGGUGUUAAAACCUGUGAAGUUUUUCUUUGUUUUCUAGCUAUUAUGUUCCUUGGCUCUAUUGUGUUAUAUUAUCACUUGACUUUUCAGUGGCUUCUUUGUAGUAAUUGUUUUACGUGAAUAGUGAGUUUCAUAGGUUUUUACACCUGGUAUGAGCCCAAUUUUAUUAUCGCCAAGCGUUCGUGGCCUUCAAAUGCAUGACCGGUCAGUCGACUAGUUCCAUCCUUUCACCUUAACUUAUAUUCACCCUCCCUUUCAACUCUUUCAGAUACCUCCCCUAGAAAACAAUUCUUUCAAACCAGUCACCCGCCCACAAGAAAACAGAAACAACAAGAAUAGCAAAUGUGAUUUGUUUCUCACGGAAUAACAGAAAAAAUUUUUAAACUCUUUCAUCAUUAAUAUGCAUAAAAGUUGAAAGGAAAACUAAAAACUUCAAACUGCCCCUUGCGAUUUAUGUCAUAAUGCAUCAUCUUUUGCAAAAAUAUGCGAAGACCAAAGAACCUGGAGAACUAGUUUAAAAAAUUGUAUUUUUAUUUCAUUGAUCAUGAAUUCAUUUCAUAUUCCUCAAUUUUCCUUUCUGUGCUCUCUUUUCCUUUCGAUUUUCGCUUUUUCCGACUGAUUCUCUGGAACAGACUAGGUUAACUUCUAGUAAGCGCUCAUCUUUAUAAAGAAUGAUCGUGGUCAUCUUGCCCGGCCUACGUCGGCAUUGAGUUAUUUCACUGACUCUCUAAACUGUUCACAGUCCUCUAUAUUUCCGUAAGAUCAUCGAGAUCGAGCACUUUGGGAUACGGGCUGCCACGGGGGCGGUUUGGGAGGAAGCGAGAAAAAUAGAGCUAUAAUCCUCGACGCCCGCCCCCUCGGUACAUUUGAAAAUCAAGAUACCCGUGACAGUAAGACGCGGUAUAUCUAAACGAUCUCACGAAAAAAUAGGGGACUGUGAACAGUCUACUGACUCUCGGGACGGCCACUUUGUUAACGAGACAGUACCAUCGAUCAGUGAAAUGUAGGCUCAUGAUGAGUAUGGCUUGGUAUGAUCGGUAAUGUCUCUUCUUUUAAAACAAGAUGAGGUACAAAACGUUAUUUUCAUUUUUUUAUGGAUACUUCUUCUCACCAUUUUAAUUUUUUAAUUACUUAACUCUUAGGUUUGUUAAACAUUCGAACCUUUUUUAAACGGUCAGCGCCGACCGUUUAAUUAGUUAUAAUACAACUUCCGGAUUGUAAAUCAUUUAUUUAUAACGUCUAUUAAAACAUAAUAAGGAAAAGCUGAUAUUGUAUUUGAGGGUACUUACUUUUUUGCAAAUUAUUUUUUUAGAAAAAACUUAUUAUGUUAUCCUUUUCAUGAUAGAUAAGAGCGACUGUAUUUGACUUGGCCUUAUUAAAAUUCUGCCUCUUAUUAAGUGGAGGGCAAAACAGAAGGUUGUUCUAUUGUACUUUUAUUACCCCCUAAUAAUUAAACUGGACAGUAUUUAGUUCUACUUUUAUUAAGGCAAUUGCAUCAUGCUUUGAGUGGUUGGAAAACGGUGGGAUAGCAAUUCAAUAUUUCACUAAAUGUGAAUGUGGGUUGGGGAGGGUUGUUAAGAGCUCAUUUUUGACAUAAAAAAUUGCCCCACGUUUUAAAAGACUAGCUGACACUGGUUAUCAAGCAAAAGCUGUUUCAGACUGUUGAUCAGUUUAAUCAAAUAAUUUAUUUUCAUCAUCGCAAUAACUUUUUUGUAUAAUAACGUUUGCUAUUAAUAACACACUUAUUUGCGUUUAAUUGUGAAUAGCUCAUUCAAAUCACUACUAAAGACAAAAUCAUAAAAAGAUCGACACAUGUAACCGACAUUCACUACCGAAAACCCAGUGGCAGGACAAGGCGACAGGCACUGUCUCUUGAGCUGGCCGAUUCGUGGAAAAAAAAAUAGGACUCAGACGAUUGCGCUAGGGCUCAAUUCUGGUAAGUCACUGAUUACAGAAAUACGAGUUAUCUUACUUAUCACAAAUGGAUAUUUUUGCUCUUUAGAGUUCUUUUUCAAUACAAAUGAAAGAAGAAAAAUAAUGCUUCUUAUUGCACACUACCGUGAAAAUGUUGAAAUGGAGUGAAGGGCUCGAGAUCGAAAACAAAUCUGAUGCAGCCUGAAACAUGCUAAAAGAAUGUGGAAUUUCUUAGCCCCUUAUUUUUCGCCGGGUACAAUAAAAAUACAAUAAAACCAAAUUAAGAGUUAUAAAAGUUAUAACACAUAGAUCUAGCUUAUACCAUGUCAAAAUACGUAAAGAGAUCUCCAGUUCAAUGUCAAGUAGUAUUAGAACUUUGCGAGCACAUGUAAGAUUAUCGUGUAAGUCUUGGAUGAGGACAAGCCGGAUUCAUUCACCUACUAACCAUGGUAACAACCCUCAAGAGUGGCUACAUAUUAACUCUUACCAGUAAAAAGCCAUCACCUUGCACUAUACUAGUCUGUAGACGUGAAGUCAGUUUCUUGGUAUGUAGGAAUAGGUUAUAUAAUAUCUGAGGUACCGUUGGCAACUAUAGUUAAGUACUUUCCGUAUAUUUAAUCAGCAGGUUUGUUAUCACAUCCUAUUUGCAUGCAAUUUUUUAUUUUUGGUUUUCGGUUUUAAAUUCAAAGUUGAAUUAAAAUUCUUUCUUGAAAUGCAAUCGCUUUUAAAUGAAAUUUUGCUUAUUAUGCUCCUUGCAAGAUUUUCUUGCAGUUUCUAUUUUUGUUACUACAGCUAGCACCACGUGGACGUUCUAGGCAGAUCUUGACAAUUAUGCGCGGUUUGCAAGUUCUUGGCUGACAUGGCUGCUUUGAGAAAAAAAUGCCCAAUAACGAAUUGGUUUCUUUCGUUCAUGAAUUAGCCUGUGGCUCGCGCUUUAUAGCCUUCUCUUUGUCCUACCUCCGACAAGAGAACCUGUUUACAGCCUAUACUUAACAAACGAGAAGCAAACUGGAGCCGAAAUGCGCCCGCAAUUGCUUCUCAGGGAUAGUUACUGGGGAUGUGCCGGUCAGUUUUUGGCCAAUUUUUUCCCUGUCCUUAGUAACAAUCCCAGAAGUCUUUGCGACAGUUAACUAGCCCCACUUUGCUUCUCGUACCUAAAGUGGCGAAUAGCAAUUAAUCUUAAGCCUAAAAUUAUUGGUUUUGACAGGUUGAAAAAACUGGUGAUUCAUGAUGUUAGGAUUCCUGGCCUGUGUUUGGAUUUCAUCUGUUCUCUGUGGACAAGUUAACGGAUACCUUACUGAACUUGGAGGUAGGUUCUACAGAGGCUCCACUCCUUUAUUUUAAUGCUCAAAACAAGAUGAUAAAAUAGCUAAUCAAAAACCACUAUCGAGCACUAGGUAAUCUUGCGGAUAUCGGCAGCAUUGCAUCGUCACUUUCCUAAUUGUUUAUCUAAGGAAAUAAAUCAAAUCAACUUGGUGCGAUCAAUAAAUCAUGCUAACGCACGUAUUAAAUCUUGUCUGCGGCCUACAAAAAACCCAUUUCGUCACUUAUUUUAGAUUAACCUUAAAAAUAAAUCUAAGAACAUCUUUGUAUUGAUUAUAUAUGCAUGCUUACCUUAGUCCCAAGUUGAGCAUACAAGUCACUCAGUUGAUGAUUUCGUCUCUCCAUCUGGUUCACCCUCCUGAGCUAGCAUUUGCGGUCAAUUGCCAAAUGUUUAAUUGAAGUACAAAGCUGGUGAAUAUUUUCUGUUAAAUAAGAGCUGAAAUUUUUAUUUUGCUAAGAAUCAUUGCACUUACCUCAUGGUCUAAAGACCGGCAUCUUUUCCGACUCUCGAGGCUUCGACAGGCUCAGCUAUCUUCAGCAAGCGGAAAUUGCUCGGGCUGAUACUUCCAACUCCGCAUCACUACAAUCAUCAUUACAUGUUUACAAACUGAACGUUAUUAAUUGUGCGAUGGCUUUGUUUUUUCAUAUCUUUUCUUCUUUUUUCAUCAGAUUUUGCGUUUUACUUUCCGACCAAAGGCGUCAACGACUAUGUGAACAUCUGGGGCAUGCCUAGUUUGAAGCAGUUCACGCUUUGUUUCUGGAUGAAGUCAAGUGCUGGUAAUGAUGGAACAGUUUUGAGUUACGCUGUACCAGGACAACACAAUGAAUUGCUCUUCUUUGAUCAUACGAACAUUAAUAUGUACAUCGGUGGACAGGGCAGGUUUGUCAUGCUUUUAGUCAACCUUUGAUUGUUAAUAAAUGAGGGGUAUCUUGCCUACCCCUUCAACUGAUCAAAAUAGAGUAUUUUGCCUAAUUGGAGUAUGUCAUACGUCGACCUAUUUUCAUGAACAGGCAGACACAAGCUAAAUCUGAUAAAACUUGUUCAACCAUAACAGUACGAGUCCUUGGGGAUAAAGCACAGUGAUAUAAAGAUUGCAGUGGACUAGAAGACUCGUACCCAGACGCUAUUUAUGUGUUUUGGGGGUGAGAGAAGAUUGGGGGUUAGGUUGAGGCGCGCGGGGUGUCACGUCCCUCUCCUUGAGACCCGGCGUACGCCUCAACCUAACCUCCAAUCUUCUCUCACCCCCAAAACACAUAAAUAGCGACUGGGUACGAGUCUGGUGGACUAGCUACAUUUUGUUGGGGAGUGUGGAGAGGAGACUAGUUGAAUGGGAAAUUUUGGUUGAAUGGCUGAACUAAAUUCAACACUAUUUUUAGACUACACACUAUUUUUAAUAGUGAUAUCCUCCUGUUAUGUAGCCAUUGCUUUACUAGAGGGUCUCAAUGGGGUGGUGGCUUUUACGGUUAUCGGCUAAAAUUUUAGCCUUUUUACGGCUAUCGGUUAAUUUUUUUCAGUUACGGUUAACAAAAAAGUUAAAAAUUAAUUUCUUUUGUUUCAAAGAGUUAAAUAUUAUUAAACCUGUUUUUUUUUUUGUAUCUUUAAAGCAAAAUAAAGAUCUUAGGAUCAUCUCGGGAUGAAAUUUGCUAUUCUUUUGAAAAAUUUUAACAUUUGAUAGACCAUAAUUUUUAUAAAGGAUUCCACUUCUACUAUUGUUUUACACAUAGAAAUGUCCACAGUCAAUUCAAAAUUAAUCUUCGUGAAAAAGCAAAAGUAGACACGCGAACGCCCAACUCGAGGCCGGGGCGCGACAUACAUUUAUAACAGAAAUGGCCGUCUUCACACUAGAGACGGAUUAUCCGUGUGAGACGGGUUAUCCGUUUCAUAAUUAGCGUCAGAUAGGUAAUACGUCUUAAUUUGAAAAUGGAAUGGUUUUAACUUGAAUGAUCGGGAACAAUCCGUCUGACUUUAUCCGUCUGUUUAUCCGUCAAUUUUGACGGGCAGUUUGAAGAUGGAUUAUCCGUUUCAAAUAGCCUGUGUACAGCCGCCCCCUACCCUCAGAAAAAAUCGGGGAAGGGUUGUUUGUGGGGGAGGGGCCGACUGUACACAGGCUAGUCUCAGACGGAUAAUCCAUUUCUAGCUCUAGUGUGAAAACGCCCAAUAACAAAAUGCGAUCCGGAACGAUUGCGGAUUGCCUUGUCCGUAGGCCUCAUUAUUCUGCGCGGCUCAUGCGUUUCGGGUCACGUGGUCCGAGCGAGUUUUCCUCUCAGAAACGCCACCCAAUUACCUUGACCGAGAAGGCGUGGGAAGACGCCGUACAGGGGCUAGGCAUGGCAAUGUCUACCGUAGCGUCAGAGAAAAACAGGGAAUUGUUACAAGGAAUUGUUGUUUAUCGGCAAUGUGUUUAACAAACAGUGACAUCUCUGCGUGUUGUUUCACUAGUAUUUCGAGGGCACGACCUCCUGAAAAUCGCAAAUAUUAAUCCCCACCAAGAAGCCAGAUUUUCGCUAACGAAAAAAUUAGUUCCCCGAGAGAACGGCGAAAAAGGAGCCUAGAUCUAGGUCAACACCUAAAAGGCGCUUCGCUUUGACGGAGUCAUAGUAACCGUGAAAUAAAAAACGCAACCACAGGUGAGUUUAGCACCUUCCUUAAAGUUAACAAAUCUAGGGAACAAAUUCUUUUACGGUUAACUCUUUUUUUACCCUAUUUACGGCUAACGGUUAAAAUUUUUCAAUGUUUACGGCUAUCGACUAAAUUUUUGGCCGUUUUACGCCUAUCAGUUAACCCCAUUGAGACCCUCUUACUAGGCCAGGAGGGAUUAAACCCUUUCCCUUUAUUUUCCCUUUUUUCUGCACGAGGAAUACAUCAUUUCAUAGGCAUGAUACUUGAUUUUGUAAACGGCCAUCAUAAUAAACAUUCCCACACCGCCUGCGGAAAGAUCGAUAUUUCACCUGAUCGUGAGGCAUUUAUGUUGCUAUUUGUUUCAUUCGAUUUUAUUACAUCUUAUCUAUUAUCACAGGCCUCUAGGGAUAUCAUCAGCAAAUGAUGGCAAGUGGCAUCACAUCUGUGCCUCCUGGAGGAGCAGUGACGGGGCGUGGCAAGGCUACAAAGAUGGAACCCUGACAAAGAGCGGUACAGGCUUCAAGAAAGGAUACACUAUCAAGGGGGGAGGAUCGUUGACCCUCGGGCAGGAGCAAGAUGCAGUGGGAUCUCGGUUUGAUUCCAAUCAGGCCUUCAUUGGAACCCUGUCAAACCUCAAUCUGUGGAGCCUUAUUCUACCGGUUGAAAAGAUCAAAGAUUUGUCCAAAUCGUGCAAGCAAGAUUGGGGAGGAGACGGUGACGUAUAUAAGUGGAUUGAUUUCCUCUACGGAAUAAGAGGAGGAACCAGGAUUGUUAUGCCUUCUCCCUGUCCACAAUAAACGGGUCACAACACGUCACUGUAGGCCUUCUGCACCCCUCAUGUGAUAGCAUGCAGUUCGUGUUAAUCGUAGUAUAAUACUGAUUGAAAACUUGUCAGAGUAACUUAGUUGUUGAUAGUGUUAUAAGUCUGAAAAAAAAAGGAAAGAAUAAAGGCUUUAUAGCUUGUUCAGCGA